CGAUCCAUCCACCGAAAGCCCACACGAAAGAACGAGCACGCGCGAGGAUGGCGGGCACAACCACCACCGGCGGCGGCGGCGGGGGAGCGGCUCAGGGGGGUCACCGGGCGCUGGGGCUGCUGGCGAGCGCGGCGAAGCGGAAGGACGGGUUCGUGCAGCUGCUGCUGAUGUCGGGCAUCCUCAUGAUGAGCCUGCGGUCCCUGAGCCAGAAGCACCGCGUCCGCGACCUCGCCAACGACGCCGCCGAGCUCAGCCUCGAGCAGGAGCACAUCUCCCACCGCAUGCGCGAGCUUCGGGACGAGCUCGACCGCGAGGCCGGCGCCGACCCCUCGGGCGCGUUCGCCUCCCACCUCCGACGCAUCUUCGCCGCUCACCCUCCCACCCCCGCCGCCGCCCCCGCCCCCGCCACCGACGACCACUAGCUCCCUCGUCUCCGUUCAGAUCGUGGCGGCGCGCCUUGUUCUUCGACGGCUUCGUCCCUGUUUACUCUUUGUGAUCUCGGUUCUUGCCUUGUGUAGAUGCUUCUGAACCAUGGCCGUGCACGCCAUGUGUUUGUGGAAAUGCCGGGAAGGGGCUGCCGGAUUGUAUCGAACCGGAAACCACCCACAUUUUGUUACCUACUCACAGCGCGCCACAUUGUGCUGCACUUGGAUGGAUUAAUUUUGCACUUUUCUCUAUAUAUCAAUAAUUUUGUUGAGUUGGUUGUUGAUGCUCUCUA